AUGGCAGAUAGACGGCAACUGUUUGUGGAGAUGAGAGCCCAAGAUCUGGAUUCCAUUCGGUUAUCAACAUACAGAACAGCCUGCAAACUUCGAUUUGUCCAGAAGAAAUGCCACCUGCACUUGGUCGACAUUUGGAACGUCAUCGAGGCUUUCCGGGAGAAUGGGCUAAACUCUCUGGACGUGAACGCGGAGCUGAACGUGGCUCGUCUGGAGGUGGUCCUGUCCACCAUGUUCCACCAGCUCAACAAGCGCAUGCCCACCACGCACCAGAUCGGAGUGGACCAGUGCAUCGGCCUCCUGCUCAACUUCCUGCUCGCCGCCUAUGACCCGGAGGGCCACGGCAAGAUGUCUGUCUUUGUGCUGAAGACGGCCUUGGCAACCAUGUGUGGGGGGAAAAUCCUGGACAAAUUAAGAUUUAUUUUCUCGCAGAUUUCAGAUUCAGCUGGAAUCAUGGUGCACUCACAGUUCGACCAGUAUCUGAGGGAGGUGCUGAAAUUACCAAUGGCAGUCUUUGAGGGACCUUCAUUCGGUUACACUGAGCAAGCUGCGAGAACAUGCUUUCCUCAGCAGAAAAAAGUCUCCCUCAACACAUUCCUGGAUACACUGAUGUCAGACCCGCCCCCUCAGUGUCUGGUCUGGUUCCCACUCAUGCAUCGGCUCGCCAACGUGGAGAACGUCUUUCACCCGGUCGAGUGCUCCUACUGCCACACCGAGAGCAUGAUGGGCUUCCGCUACCGCUGCCAGCAAUGUCAUAAUUACCAGCUCUGCCAGGACUGCUUCUGGAGGGGGCAUGCGGGCGGUUCCCAUAGCAACCAGCACCAAAUGAAGGAGUACACGUCAUGGAAAUCGCCCGCUAAGAAGCUCUCGCAUGCGCUGAGUAAGUCUCUGAGCUGUGCCUCCAGCAGAGAGCCUCUCCACCCGCUGUUCCCCGAAAUGCCAGAAAAACCUCUGAACCUCGCGCACAUUGUCACGAAUAAUGUUGAACAAAGAAAGCCCUUGACUGUGACUGCACCUCAUCUGUUGAAAGGCAGAGGGUUAAACUACAACCUGGAUGUGGCCGAUAGACUUGCAGAUGAACAUGUUCUCAUUGGUCUCUAUGUGAGCCUGCUCCAAAACAACCCCACGUCAUGUUUGCUGGAGAGAAGCAACCAUCUCCAAGACGACGAACACAGCCUCAUUGCUCGCUACGCUGCUCGGCUCGCUGCUGAUGCUGCGGCUCAGCAGCAGCUUGUCCCCACAGACCUGCCCUGUUCUCUGGAUACCAACAAGCAGCAGAGACAACUCAUCGCCGAGCUGGAGAGCAAAAACAGAGAAAUCCUCUUAGAAAUCCAGCGGUUGCGUCUGCAGCACGAAGAGGCGUCUCAGCCCCCCCCAGACAGAGGCCAGCAGAACCCCACUCUGCUGGCGGAGCUCCGACAUCUCAGGCACCGCAAAGAUGAGCUAGAACAAAGAAUGUCUACACUGCAGGAGAGUCGCAGGGAACUCAUGGUGCAGCUCGAGCAACUAAUGAUGCUUCUCAAGAUUGAAGAGGAACGCAAAGAGGCUACUCAGGGCCCUGGCUCUCCACGCUCCUCUCCCAGCCACAGCUUCAGUCGACCGAUCCCCACACCCAUCAUGUCGGACUCUGCCUGCACCACCCCCACGCACACCCCCCAGGACUCUCUCAUGGGUGUAGGAGGAGACGUACAGGAGGCCUUCGCUCUAGGUCCCAGGCGAAACUUAAGGACUGACCUGCUUAUUGCUGCUGACUCCAUCACCAACACAAUGUCAUCACUGGUUAAAGAGCUCAAUUCAGAGGGAGGGAGUGAGACCGAGAGCACAGUAGAUUCAGACUUUGGACGUGACUUUUUGGCUGCAACAUCUUCAGAUUCUUUCUUCAGUUAUAAGCCAAGACCCGCCAGUGGGGCAGACAGUUACGAGAACAAUCUGGAGCAGCAGCUGGAGGACGAGCUUACGUUGGAGGAACUAAUGAAGCACAGACCGGAACCAGACAAAUCGUGCAUGGUGACGUUGCAGCAGUGA